UGAAGCGAGUGGUGAUAUUUACAGGAGGCCCGAAAUAACUGCAGAGUUGAUGUGAGCCCACAGACUGCAUCUGAUGUUGUUUCAUUGCAGCAUUUUUGGAGGCUUUGCUUUUUAAUGGCAGGUUGACUGUUUUAAUGUUGUUUUCCUCGUCCCCUUCAGGAAGUACUCGGCCAAUCAGAAGGUGGGCUCCUUCCAUUACGUCCACACGACUCCCUUCGGAAACUACUCCUUCGUGUGUGCGGACGCCACCCUGAUGCCAGGACCCAAGAGGCCGUACAACUUCUUCGGUAUUCUCAAUCAGACUCAGAUGGACAAACUGGACACAUUCAGAGCGGAGAGUCUAAAAAGCAACCAGUCCGUCUGGUUCGGACACUACACCACGUCCACCAUCGUGUCGCCGUCACCGGGCGUGCGGGAGCUGAUGAGGUCGGCCAUCGCCUAUUUGUGCGGCCACCUGCACACGCUGGGCGGCCUGAUGCCCGUCCUCCACAGUCGACAUCCCAGCGGCGCCCUGGAGCUGGAGCUCGGAGACUGGAUGGACAACCGCAAGUACAGGAUCCUGGCUUUUGACCACGACCUGCUGAGUUUCUCAGACCUGAGAUUUGAACAGUGGCCUGUGGUGCUCAUCACUAACCCCAAGGACCGGCAGUACUUGCAUCCAGGACUGGAACCUGUGGGCCGCAUACGGAGGUCCACUCACAUCAGGAUUUUGGCGUUCUCAGAGGCGCCCAUCUUGUCGGUGCAGGUUAGCGUGGACGACGAGCCUUUAAGGACAGGACAGCCUGCUGGAGGCCCCCUCUACGUGCUGCCAUGGCAACCAUCGCGCUACCUCACCGGGCUGCACACCAUCCGAGUUCAGGUGGAGGACUCGUGGGGGCGGUCGAGCGUGCAGGAGCAGCACUUCGCCCUGGGCGACGACGACGUGACGCCCAGCUUUGGCUUCGUCCAGUCCUUCAUCCUGCUGACGGACCACUACGUGGUGGGCCGGGUGGCCUUCGUGUUCACAAUGCUGCUCAACGUGGGCGUGCUGCUGUGCUUCAGGUUCAUGCGCACCUUGUCCGGCCGAGGACUGUCCUCUCCUGUGUGCACCUCACUACGGAUGGUCAGUAAAGUGGACAGCUUCUUCUACUCUCUGCUCCUCUUCAACCUGUGCACGGCCUUAGGGCCGUGGUUCGUCGGCGAGCUGAUCGACGGCCACAGGGGCGCCUGCUUCGCCUUCGGGAUGUUCAUCGACGGUCACUUCCUGGAGGGAAGCCUCACCUACGUCGUGGGAGUCGUUCAGCUGCUCUUCUUCAACAUGCCGCUCACCUUCUACCUGUGCUGGACCCUCCACCACCGUUGCCGCGGCAACACCUUCCGCUCCAUGCUGCUGCGGCCGGGCUGCCGCUGGCGGAGCGCAGCCGUGCACCUGCUGAUGCUGCUGCUGCUCACCUGGCAGGCCCACUCCUGCUACUUCCUGCUGGAGACCUACGGCCCCGUGGCCUUCUUCCUGUCGCCGGUGCGCAUGUGGGCGCUCGGCAUGGGCGUGCUGCUGGUCUACCGCGCCUGGACGUGCCCCGCCCCCUUCCCGGGCAGCAAGAGCAUGCCGCUGUCUUGACGCGUUGCCUUGGCCCGACGCCACCUCGCCACUGCCAAAGGACGAGUACAAGCCCCGCCUCCUGGUGACAGCUGGACGUGCCAACAGCAAAACAACGGCUAAGAACCUUGUUUACACUCUUCUCUCGCCACACAAUCACGCAUCAUAUCAGCACACUCUCCCCUCGGGACGUGACCUCGGACAGAUUCUCAGGAGGAUUUCAGGACAUUUUUGUACUCCACAGUAGCUCCAAAAAAAAAGGAAAAGGGGAACAUCAAACAUGCGGUGGCUUUCAGACAAGAAAAUAUGUGUUUUAGCUGUGAAAUGAACCUCGAUGCUGUUUUUAUGAUCAUUUAGUGGGAGGGGGAGUAUUCUAACUUCAAGUGGCCAAAACUGUCUUUUCAUAGAAUCCUGUUCCUCACUGCUACGUCUUUUUCAUCGCAAACAUAGCUUUUAAAGAAGAAAAUAUGUAUCAAGUUGCAACCCCCGGCCCACAGAUCAAGGCCAUCAUUACAAAUAACAAAACAUUUGUUUGUUACGUCCUAGAAUGUAUUUUCUGACUAUUGUCAAAAUCGCCAAAAACGGAGCCCUCUUGUUUGUGCUACAAACAUAUUACAGUUUUUUAAAUGUUAUUAUCAUACUUGCCAACCUUGAGACCGACAAAUUUGGGAGAUGGGGGGGUGGGGUUUUCAGGGUUUGGUGGUAGCAGGGGGUGUUUAUAGUAUCCAUCCAUCCAUUUCCUACUACCGCUUGUCCCUUUUGGGGUGGCUGGAGCCUAUCUCAGCUGCAUUCGGACAGAAGGCGGUGUACACCCUGGACAAGUCGCUACCUCAUCGCAGGGCCAACACAGAUAGACAGACGCCAGUCAUACACUAGGGACCAUUUAGUGUUGCCAAUCAACCUAUCCCCAGGUGCAUACCUUUGGAGGUGGGAGGGGCCUAUCCCCAGGUGUAUGUCUUUGGAGGUGGGAGGGGCCUAUCCCCAGGUGCAUGUCUUUGGAGGUGGGAGGGGCCUAUCCCCAGGUGUAUGUCUUUGGUGGGAGGGGCCUAUCCCCAGGUGCAUGUCUUUGGAGGUGGGAGGGGCCUAUCCCCAGGUGCAUGUCUUUGGAGGUGGGAGUGGCCUAUCCCAGGUGCAUGUCUUUGGAGGUGGGAGGGGCCUAUGUCCAGGUGCAUGCCUUUGGAGGUGGGAGGGGCCUAUCCCCAGGUGCAUGUCUUUGGAGGUGGGAGGGGCCUAUCCCCAGGUGCAUGUCUUUGGAGGUGGGAGGGGCCUAUCCCCAGGUGCAUACCUUUGGAGGUGGGAGGGGCCUAUCCCCAGGUGCAUGCCUUUGGAGGUGGGAGGGGCCUAUCCCCAGGUGCAUGCCUUUGGAGGUGGGAGGGGCCUAUCCCCAGGUGCAUGUCUUUGGAGGUGGGAGGGGUAUAUCCCCAGGUGCAUACCUUUGGAGGUGGGAGGGGCCUUUCCGCAGGUGCAUGCCUUUGGAGGUGGGAGGGGGCUAUCCCCAGGUACAUACCUUUGGAGGUGGGAGGGGAAAACCCCCAGGUGCAUAUCUUUGGAGGUGGUAGGGACCUCUCCCCAGGUGCAUACCUUUGGAGGUGGGAGGGGCCUAUCCCCAGGUGCAUACCUUUGGAGGUGGGAGGGGCCUAUCCCCAGGUGCAUACCUUUGGAGGUGGGAGGGGAAUAUCCCCAGGUGCAUGUCUUUGGAGGUGGGAGGGGCCUACCCCCAGGUGCAUGUCUUCGGAGGUGGUAGGGGCCUAACCCCAGGUGCAUGUCUUUGGAGGUGGGAGGGGCCUAUCUCUAGGUGCAUGCCUUUUGGAGGUGGGAGGGGCCUAUCCCCAGGUGCAACCUUUGGAGAUGGGCGGGGCGUAUCCCUAGGUGCAUACCUCUUGGAGGUGGGAGGGGCCUACCCCCAGGUGCAUGUCUUCGGAGGUGGUAGGGGCCUAUCCCCACGUGCAUGUCUUUGGAGGUGGGAGGGGCCUAUCUCUAGGUGCAUGCCUUUUGGAGGUGGGAGGGGCCUAUCCCCAGGUGCAACCUUUGGAGGUGGGCGGGGCGUAUCCCUAGGUGCAUACCUCUUGGAGGUGGGACGGGCCUAUCUCCAGGUGAAUGCCUUUGGAGGUGUGAGGGGCCUAUCCCCAGCUGCAACCUUUGGAGGUGGGCAGGGCCUAUCCCCAGGUGCAUGUCUUUGGAGGUGGGAGGAAGCCGGAGUACCCGGAGAGACCCCACGCAGUCACGGAGAGAACAUGCAAACUCCACACAGAAAGAUCCUGAGCCCGGGAUUGAACCCAGGACCUUCGUAUUGUGAGGCAGAUGCACUAACCCCUGUUCCACCGUGCUGCCCCACUUUUCCACAUUCACCCAUUCACACACACAUUCACGCACUGAUGGCGGGAGACGCCAUGCAAGGCGCUAACCUGGGCCCAUCAGGAGCAAGGGUGAAGUGUCUUGCUCAAGGACACAACGGACGUUACUAGGAUGGUAGAAGGUGGGGAUUGAACCAGAAACUCUCAGGUUGCUGCGUCCCCAAUUAUAGUAGUGUCCCGGAAGAGUUAGUGCUGCAAGGGGUUCUGGGUAUUUGUCCUGUUGUGUUUAUGUGUUACGGUGCGGAUGUUCUCCCGAAAUGUGUUUGUCAUUCUUGUUUGUGUGGGUUCACAGUGUGGCGCAUAUUUGUAACAGUGUUAAAGUUGUUUAUACGGCCACCCUCAGCGUGACCUGUAUGGCUGUUGACCAAGUAUGCCUUGCAUUCACUCACGUGUGUGUCAGAGCCGCAUAUAUUUGUGCUGUUUGUACGGAGGAAAAGCGGGCGUGACGACAGGUUGUAGAGGACGCCCAAGCCACGCCCCCAAUAUUGUUGGAAACCGGGAGUCUCCUGGGAAAAUCGGAAGGGUUGGCAAGUAUGGUUAUUAUUCAUAAACAUUUGUGCAACAAUUUUUUGGAUUAUUCUUAACUAUUAUAAUUUUUAUACAAUACUAACCUCUUAAUUCAAGAGUCGGCAACCCAAAACGUUGAAAUAGCCGAAUUGGACCACAAACACAAAAAAGGUCAUUUGUCUGGAGCUGCAAAAAAUUUUAAAUACUUAUAAAAGUGUUAUAAUGAAGGCAACACGUGCUAAUUAGUUAUAUUAGCCUACUAUCAAAAAUGACUGUGUGGCAUUUGAUUGGUUUCUGUGUUGAUGUUGAAAUAUAAUAUUUAUUCUACACAUUUUUACACAACUUCUCAGAGGGUGACAUAACUCCUGGAAAUGACUUAGAAUAGUGUUUCCAAGUUUAAGGAAACAUCAGGCUGUCUUCUAUUUAUUAUUACAAUCUUUGCAGGCUGGGUAACAUUUCCUGUGGUCUGGAACAACAUGGCGCACAAACAACUAUGAGAAAUGCAGCUAAUAUAACUCAGAUAAUAUGUCAUGAGGCAUGCAAAUAUAAACUAAAUACACAGAGGACAUAAAUAAGCUCAAAUAUAUCUACAAAUGAGGCAUGAUGAUGCAAUAUGUACAUACAGCUAGCCUAAAUAGCAUGUUAGCAUUGAUUAGCUCGCAGUCAUGCAGUUAGCAAAUAUGCCUGAUUAGCACUCCACACAAGUCAAUGACAUCAACAUUCACGUACAGUAUAAAACGGUUGGUGGACAAAAUCAGUAACGUCACAGUCCACACUAUGGUGAGUUCAGGAACCGCCGAAAUUAGUCCUCAAACAAAAAAACAUACUAAACCAAAACAAUUAUUCCAACCCCCGACCCCUACCCCUUUUUUUUUUUUUUACAUUUUUAGUCCUUUUUAAAAAAAUGCUCCAAGGAGCCACUAGGGCGGCAUUAAAGAGCCCCGAGUUAGACGAAAAAAUGUGCAGCUCGAGGGCUUAGGACCGGUUUGGGGAGAUUUUGACAAGGUUAUGAAUAAUAAAACGUGAAUAACAUUAAAUGUUAACAUAAAAACUACAACAGUAAGACAAACUGUUGCGGCACAAACGAAUGGCUCAAGUUUGGGGAGAGUUUGACAAUAACAGAUUUAACGACAAAAAGUAUAAAACUUAACAAAACAAGAAGUGGAAAAGAAAUUGCAGCACUAACAAAUGUGACAAAGUGGGGGCUUGUUAUCAAUAAUAAUAUACCUUGAUCAUAUAAAAACUAGUAGGACAAAACAUUUUUGGAAAGAUUAUGACAAGGUGGUUAUGAAUAACAAGACAGUAAGAACAUAAAAACUAUAAUGUUUGUAAAAACACCAACAAAUGUGACAGUUCCAGAGAUUGGGUUAUGGUGUAAUUACACAUUAAUAAUGGAUUUUAUUUGUAAAAAGCACUUUCCAUUGAGCAAACAACCUGAAAGUGCUACACUGUAUUACAAAAAUAAAUAAAAAGAUAAUAAAAAGGAAUAAAAACUACAACUUGCACGCACUUUUAAUUUAAAAAUACAUAAAAAGAUAAUAAAAAUAAAAACUACAGCUCGCACGCACUUUUAAUUUUCCCGAAAGAACUCUCCAGAAGGAAUAAGUAUAGUACUAUCUAUCUAUCUAUUUAAAAAGAAGGGUUUUAAGCCUUUUUAAAAAGCCUUUACAGUCUGUGGUGCCCUCAGGAGGUCAGGGAGAAGAACUCUCCUGAAGGAAUAAGUACUAUCUAUCUAUCUAUUUAAGAAGAAGGGGUUUAAGCCUUUUUUAAAAGCCUUUACAGUCUGUGGUGCCCUCAGGUGGUCAGGGAGAGCGUUCCACAGACUGGGAGCGGCGGAGCAGAACAUAAACCGACACAACGGGUUACGGUUUGAUUACACGUUAUAAACUCGUGACAAAGACUAACCAUUUGACAAGUUUGAGGGAGCCAUCGACAAAGUGAAGGGGCUGGAUGAUGUCACUUGGUAGAAAAGGUCUUCUGGAAGGACUUGAAACCCCUUUUUAUCACAAACGUAGAACAAAGCAAGGCAGCGCUACUUUCAUAUUUGCAAUAAUAAGGGGCGUCAACUUCACAGGAGUGAGAAGGUCAGGCCACAACAUUAGGUACACCUGCACAAUCUAAAUCAGGGGUGUCCAAACUUUUUCCACUGAGGGCCGCACACUGAAAAAUCAUUUUUAUUUUAAAAAACAAUACAAUAUGUGUAUAAAAAAUACACAUUUAGGCCUCCACUCAGUUAUGAUCCCGGGGACCCCAAAGGGUCUUGGUAAAAAACAAUAUUAAAAAUGUGUCAUUAUUCAAUAUUAUUAUUUUCAUUAUUAUUCAAGUUUUAAAUCUCUAGAUCAACAUAAGGAAAAAAAAAGAAAAAAAAACACAAAAUAUGCAAUAUUUUCACCCGCUAACAUUUUUUUAGGUGGAAUAUUUGAGAUUAUAUAAUAAUUAGAGCCUUAAUUUGGGAUUUUGAUUCAUUAUUAUUUUUGGAGCAAUGACACUUAAAAACAAAUCACACUAAAAUAAUCGGGGAUCCAAAAGUGUCCUCAUUAAAGUGUUAAAAAAUAAAUUAUAUAUAUUUUUGUACUGUUUAUUUUUAGCACAAUAAUCUCAAGAUCAACUUCAGAUCUAUCCGUCAAUUAUUAGUUUCAUUGUUUAUGUUUUUUGUUUGUUUUAGGCCCUUCUUUAAAAACAAAAACAAAAUAUGCAAUAUUUUCACACGAUAACAUUUUUUAGGUGGAAUAUUUGAGAUUAUAUAAUAAUUGGAGCCUUAAUUUGGGAUUUUGAUUCAUUAUUAUUUUUGGAGCAAUGACACUUAAAAACAAAUCACACUAAAAUAAUCGGGGAUCCAAAAGUGUCCUCAUUAAAGUUUAAAAAAUCAAUUAUAGAUUUUUUUUACUGUUUACUUUUUGCACAAUAAUCUCAAAAUCAACUUCAGAUCCAUCCGUCAAUUAUUAGUUUCAUCGUUGUUUAUGUUUUUUGUUUGUUUUAGGAUCUUCUUUAAAAAAAUAAAUAAAAUAAAAAACACAAAUUAUGCAAUAUUUUCACCCGAUAACAUUUUUCUAGGUGGAAUAUUUGAGAUUAUAUAAUAAUUGGAGCCUUAAUUUUGGAUUUUGAUUCAUUAUUAUUUUUGGAGCAAUGACACUUAAAAACAAAUCACACUAAAAUAAUCGGGGAUCCAAAAGUGUCCUCCUCAUUAAAGUUUAAAAAAAUCAAUUAUAUAUUUUUUUGUAGUUUACUUUUAGCACAAUAAUCUCAAGAUCAACUUCAGAUCUAUACGUCAAUUAUUAGUUUUAUCGUUGUUUAUGUUUUUUGUUUGUUUUAGGAUCUUCUUUAAAAAAAUAAAUAAAAUAAAAAACACAAAUUAUGCAAUAUUUUCACCCGAUAAAAAUUUUUUAGGUGGAAUAUUUGAGAUUAUAUAAUAAUUAGAGCCUUAAUUUUGGAUUUUGAUUCAUUAUUAUUUUUGGAGCAAUGACACUUAAAAACAAAUCACACUAAAAUAAUUGGGGAUCCAAAAGUGUCCUCAUUAAAGUGUUAAAAAAUAAAUUAUAUAUUUUUUUGUACUGUUUACUUUUAGUACAAUAAGGGUAUAAGCGGUAGAAAAUGGAUGGAUGGAUGGAAUCUCGAGAUCAACUUCAGAUCUAUCCGUCAAUUAUUAGUUUCAUCGUUGUUUAUUUUUUUUGUUUGUUUUAGGCCCUUGUUUAAAAAAAAAACAAAAAAACACAAAAUAUGCAAUAUUUUCACCCGCUAACAUUUUUUUAGGUGGAAUAUUUGAGAUUAUAUAAUAAUUAGAGCCUUAAUUUGGGAUUUUGAUUCAUUAUUAUUUUUGGAGCAAUGACACUUAAAAACAAAUCACACUAAAAUAAGCGGGGAUCCAAAAGUGUCCUCAUUAAAGUGUUAAAAAAUAAAUUAUAUAUUUUUUUGUAGUUUACUUUUAGCACAAUAAUCUCCAGAUCAACUUCAGAUCUAUCCGUCAAUUAUUAGUUUCAUCGUUGUUUAUUUUUUUUGUUUGUUUUAGGCCCUUCUUUAAAAAAAAAAAAAAAAAACACAAAAUAUGCAAUAUUUUCAAAUUUCUUUAGGUGGAAUAUUUGAGAUUAUAUAAUAAUUGGAGCCUUAAUUUUGGAUUUUGAUUCAUUAUUAUUUUUGGAGCAAUGACACUUAAAAACAAAUCACACUAAAAUAAUCGGGGAUCCAAAAGUGUCCUCCUCAUUAAAGUUUAAAAAAAUCAAUUAUAUAUUUUUUUGUAGUUUACUUUUAGCACAAUAAUCUCAAGAUCAACUUCAGAUCUAUACGUCAAUUAUUAGUUUUAUCGUUGUUUAUGUUUUUUGUUUGUUUUAGGAUCUUCUUUAAAAAAAUAAAUAAAAUAAAAAACACAAAUUAUGCAAUAUUUUCACCCGAUAAAAAUUUUUUAGGUGGAAUAUUUGAGAUUAUAUAAUAAUUAGAGCCUUAAUUUUGGAUUUUGAUUCAUUAUUAUUUUUGGAGCAAUGACACUUAAAAACAAAUCACACUAAAAUAAUUGGGGAUCCAAAAGUGUCCUCAUUAAAGUGUUAAAAAAUAAAUUAUAUAUUUUUUUGUACUGUUUACUUUUAGUACAAUAAGGGUAUAAGCGGUAGAAAAUGGAUGGAUGGAUGGAAUCUCGAGAUCAACUUCAGAUCUAUCCGUCAAUUAUUAGUUUCAUCGUUGUUUAUUUUUUUUGUUUGUUUUAGGCCCUUGUUUAAAAAAAAAACAAAAAAACACAAAAUAUGCAAUAUUUUCACCCGCUAACAUUUUUUUAGGUGGAAUAUUUGAGAUUAUAUAAUAAUUAGAGCCUUAAUUUGGGAUUUUGAUUCAUUAUUAUUUUUGGAGCAAUGACACUUAAAAACAAAUCACACUAAAAUAAGCGGGGAUCCAAAAGUGUCCUCAUUAAAGUGUUAAAAAAUAAAUUAUAUAUUUUUUUGUAGUUUACUUUUAGCACAAUAAUCUCCAGAUCAACUUCAGAUCUAUCCGUCAAUUAUUAGUUUCAUCGUUGUUUAUUUUUUUUGUUUGUUUUAGGCCCUUCUUUAAAAAAAAAAAAAAAAAACACAAAAUAUGCAAUAUUUUCAAAUUUCUUUAGGUGGAAUAUUUGAGAUUAUAUAAUAAUUGGAGCCUUAAUUUUGGAUUUUGAUUCAUUAUUAUUUUUGGAGCAAUGACACUUAAAAACAAAUCACACUAAAAUAAUCGGGGGAUCCAAAAGUGUCCUCAUUAAAGUUUAAAAAAAAUAAAUUAUAUAUUUUUUUUAAAUAAAAAAAUGUUAUCGGGUGAAAAUAUUGCAUAUUGUGUGUUUUUUUUUUAUUUAUUUUUUUAAAGAAGAUCCUAAAACAAACAAAAAACAUAAACAACGAUGAAACUAAUAAAUUAUAUAUUUUUUUUGUAGUUUACUUUUAGCACAAUAAUCUCCAGAUCAACUUCAGAUCUAUCCAUCAAUUAUUAGUUUCAUUGUUUUUUGUUUGUUUUAGGCCCUUCUUUAAAAAAAAAAAAAAAAAACGCUCAGUUUUUAUUCGGCAAAACAAAAUAUGCAACAUUUUCCCCAAAACAUAUUUCAAAGUGUAAUAUUUAAUGUGAUGUAAUCGUAGCCUUGAAUAGGUCGAUAAUUCAAAAUGACAUUGAUUUUGAUUCAUUAUUAUUUUUUAAGUGAAGUGAAGUGAAUUAUAUUUAUAUAGCGCUUUUCUCUAGUGACUCAAAGCGCUUUACAUAGUGAAACCCAAUAUCUAAGUUACAUUUAAAGCAGUGUGGGUGGCACUGGGAGCAGGUGGGUAAAGUGUCUUGCCCAAGGACACAACGGCAGUGACUAGGAUGGCGGAAGCGGGAAUCGAACCUGCAACCCUCAAGUUGCUGGCACGGCCACUCUACCAACCGAGCUAUGUCAUUAAAACAGUUAGCGCCAUCUUUUGACACUUCUUCCACUCCCGUCCUUGCACGCUACACCGCUGCAACAACAACAAAGUGAAGUGAAUUAUAUUUACAUAGCACUUUUCUCAAGGAUGGCGGAAGGGGAAUCGAACCUGCAACCCUCAAGUUGCUGGCACGGCCACUCUACCAACCGAGCUAUGCUAAAGAAAGAAACCCAAACUUUGUGUUAUAAGAGUCAACAUUGCAACAAUUUCUUGUUACAUUUCACACGUUUACUCUUUUAUACCACUUUUUAUGGUUUUAAUUUUUUUCAAUUUCAUUCUUAAAAUGUGCCGUGGGGCCGUUAGAAAAAUGUCCCCCGGGCCGCACUUUGGACACCCCUGAUCUUAAGACUCCAAUCAUUUUUGCUUGCAUUCCCGUUAGAAUGUUUGUAAGGCCAACAUUGUUCAGUGACUGUCCAUCCAUUUUCUACGGCUUGUCCCAGCUAAAUUCGGGCGGAAGGCGGGAUACACCCUGGACAAGUGUCCGACACAGAUAGACAACAUUCACACUCACACAUUGUCAAGUGACUGCCUCAGCAUUCUUCUGCACAGCCUCCCUAAUGAUGCUUGAUCACGCCACAGGGGGGCAGUACUGAGCACUACUGGUCAAUGAUGAACACUGUCCACUCUUUAAAUAUGUCCACACACAUCACUGAUGGUGUUUACUACUGAAAAAGGGAGCAACCACAGAUUUGUUUUUUGUUAUUUUUUUCAUUUCAUGGUUUAUAGUGCUGUGGAAUAAAAAUGUUCUAUACAAUA